CCCGGCGAACAAAACCGCCUAGGUGAUGAAGCUGUCGAAAACCUAGUUUCCUGGAUUCAACUGAUCGUGAUUCUGAUUCGAUCAUACUGCUGGGUUUUUCUUUAGAUCUAUAGCUUCAUACUCAGCGUCGGAUUCUCUCAUCGUGGUGUUUUGCUUCAAUUUCUCGAUGGGGGAAGAGGAGAAGAAGAAGAGGGUGGUGGUGGAAUCGCUGGGAUGGCUAACGGAAUCGUCGAUAAUGCCCAAGAAGCACCGUGCAAUCGCGGGCGUCGGGCCAUCGUCGAUCAUGGAAUUGAAAGCUCAUCUCUACAGGUCUCAGGAAGAGUCCAAGAAGUCUCGGGAAUUAGCGGGCCCGGAGGUUGAGUACCAACGCGCAAAGUCGAAGAUUGUUCGUAAAGAUGCUCUCUCCGCCAAGAACUCUGGGGUCGAUGCCCGUGAUCUCAAGGACAAACUUGAGCUAAAAGCAGUUGAAGAUGGAUCAGUUAGCUAUGCAGCACUAGAGAGAAAAGCUGAGUUGUACGAUAAGUUAGUGAAGGGAGAGUUAUCUGAUGAAGAGGAUCAAGAAAAGUAUUGUGUGGACUUUUUCCGAAAGGGGUAUGAGCAGGAUGAGUCACAACCACCCCAAAGCCACGGUGUCUCUCAGACAGUGCCACAAGAAAAUGAAGAGGGUGAUAAUGAUGCUUCUUUGUUGUUUAACACCAAACCCUCUGCCCGAACGGCUGGAACAGUUGACAGUGUUGAACACAAGCGCUUUAUUAGGGAAGUACAUGAAGAAGCUAAUCGAGCAAGAGAAAAGGCUUCUGAUAUAAAAUUGCGGAGGCAGGAGCAGGUAGCCGCUCAUAGAGAGAAACUAAAGCAGGCCUAUCUUCGGAAGAAGCUGGAGCAGAUGAAAGCUGCAGCCAAUGGAUCUGAAUCUCAGAACAAGCUCACAUGAUGCCCACUUAGCCUUUUCUGCCCCGACUUAAGAAGGCCAAUGUGCGUGAAACCAGCAGGCAAUCUUGAAUAGAAGCUUGAGGCGCCGAGAGGCUUGGUCUUGUGCAUCUCCGAUGUGAUGCAGGUAAAACAAAAAGGAAAAAAAAAAAAAAGCAUAAAAAUUCGUUGAUGGUGCAGCGUUCAUGUAUCUGGCUGCAUUUAUUGUAAUGAAAGAGCAUGGCCUGAAAAACAAAGAAAAAAAGAAGAGGAUGAGCCUCAUGGAAAAAUUCUUUUUGCCCUUGUACAUAAUGUAAUUUGACAUGAAGUGUUGAGUUGGGCUUUUCCCUGUUUCCUCACUUUGUGAGAGUAAUCUAUGCGCUAUAAAUCAAUUUUUGUCAAUGUAUACCAAAAUAUUUUUUUGGGGUUAAAAGUUGCAUCUCAAA